AUGCCCACCACUCAACAAGGCGCCGUAGUCCUUAACCCGGGCCCAAACUACCAGAUCAUCCACCGCGAUGACCUCCCCGUUCCCCAACCAGGGGACCACGAAGUCCUCGUCAAGCUGACAUGCACCGGUUUGUGCCACUCGGAAAUCCGCGCCACCUCCGGCUGGAGCAAUUACAACCCCAUCAUCGGCCACGAGGGCAUCGGCACCGUCAUCCAGACCGGAUCCCUCGCUCCGCGGUCCUUACUCUCCGCCCGAGUCGGGGUGAAAUGGCUCUACAGCGCGUGCACGCACUGCUCCGUCUGCACCUCCGGCCACCCGCACUACUGCCCGCACCAGCGCAACACCAGCCGCCACGUCCCCGGCACGCUCCAGCAGUACGUCCUGGCGGACGCGCGAUUUCUAACGCCUAUCCCUGAAGUAGUGGCCGACGAGAUCGCCGCGCCGCUGCUGUGCGCCGGACUGACGAUGGCGGGGGCGCUGGACCGGCUGGACGGCGUGCUGCGCGCCGGGGAUUCCGUGGUGAUCUCGGGGGCCGGGGGCGGGCUGGGUCAUCUGGGGGUGCAGAUCGCGGGGCGUGUGAAGGGCUGGAGGGUUCUUGCGGUGGACUCUGGGGAGGAGAAGAGGCGGUUGAGUAUGGAGGCUGGUGCGGCGGAGUUUGUGGAUUUCCGGGCUGAGGAUGUGGUGGCGCGCGUGAGGGAGCUGACGGACGGGGAGGGGGCGCAUGCCACGGUGGUCGUGCCGGGGGAUCCGGCCGCGUUCAGAGUGGCGGCGGACUUGGUGAGGAAUCUGGGGACGGUGGUGUGUGUUGGGCUACCGAGGAAUGAUUUCGAGCUGCCGGUUUCCGCGACGCUGUGUGCGGCCAGAGGGAUCUCGAUCAUUGGGAGCUCGGUGGGGACGGAGGAGCAGAUGGCGGAGCUGUUGCGGCUGGCUGCUGAGGGGGUCAUCACGCCUGCGGUGAAGUGUUAUGGGUUUGAUGAGACAGCGAAGCUGAUUCGAGAUCUUGAGCACGAUGCUAUCACGGGGAGGGCUGUGGUCAGAAUCCCCGAGUGA